CACACACGCAUAUAGAUAGUUGACAGAUAGCAGUACAUAUCGUUGACACUUGUAUAGUAUAUUCUCAUUCAAAUUAGAAUAUUCGAUUGAACCAUUUGUUUUCACACGAUCGAAAAAUCCAAUUUCGAACAAUGGCCGAUUUUGAGAACAAAGUUAUCAUUAUAACUGGAGCAAGUAGUGGAAUUGGAGCCGGUGCAGCUGAAUUACUUGCAUCAAAGGGUGCUUGGUUAGCACUGGUAGGUCGAAAUGUGGAAAAUUUAAAAACCGUUGCUGAUAAAUGUACUCCAACCUACGGUGCUCCCGAACCAUUGCAAAUUAUAGCCGAUGUAACAAACGAAGCGGACGUAAAGCGUAUCGUUGACACCACAAUUGAAAAAUUUCAAAAAAUCAAUGUUUUGGUUAAUAAUGCAGGCAUCUUGAAAAGUGGUUCAAUCGAAACUGGCACUUUGGAGGACUAUGAUACCAUUAUGAAUGUAAACUGUCGCUCGAUUUUUAAUUUAACAAAACUCUGCAUUCCGCAUUUAAUCGCCACCAAAGGUAACAUUGUAAAUGUGUCGAGUGUGAAUGGGAUGCGAUCGUUUGCAGGUGUUUUGGCUUAUAACAUGUCAAAAUCGGCAUUGGAUCAAUUCACACAGUGUGUUGCACUUGAGCUGGCCGAUAAAACAGUGCGGUGCAAUAGCGUAAAUCCAGGGGUUAUUGUAACCAACAUUCAUAAAAAUGGUGGAAUGAAUGAUGCUGCAUACGCUGCAUUCCUAGAACAUUCAAAAACAACACAUGCCCUUGGCAGAGUUGGUCAAACUCGCGAAGUUGCCGAAACAAUUGCAUUUUUGGCCAGCGAACGUGCUUCAUUUAUCACUGGUGCAUUAAUUCCAUGCGAUGGUGGACGACAUGCCAUGUGCCCAAGAUAAAAACAAAAAGAACUCACAUUUUUUGCAUUUUCUUUCUAUCGCCGUCAAAACGGAAAUAUAUUUUACAAGGAAAUAUGAUUUAUAAAAUUUAUUUUCAAUAAA